AUGGCUCCUCACGUACCUCCACCUGGUAUCUACCCACCCCUUGUGACCUAUUUCAACCAAGACGAGUCGGUCGAUUAUGAUAGUCUGUUGGGGCAUAUUGACUUAAUGACCCAGGGCGGAGUAAGUGGGCUUGUGCUACAAGGGAGUAACGGUGAAGCCGUUCAUCUUCUUCACGAGGAACGCCAAGAGAUCGUUUCGCGCGUUCGUCAGCAUUUGAUCAAAAUUGACUAUCCAGAUCUACCUUUGAUUGUUGGGUGCGGGGCUUUCAGUGUUUAUGAGACCCUACUGCACAUCGAGGAGGCCAAGAAAGCCGGUGCGGAUUAUGCACUUGUACUCGCACCCGCUUACUGGGUGCCAUUGAUGACACCGGCCGGUGUAAAGGACUUCUUUGGCCAGGUAGCAGAUGAUUCGCCCUUACCCAUCGUGAUAUACAACUACCCUGAUGUCACCGGCGGCAUCAACAUCUCCUCAGAUACUAUUAUCGAACUUGGGCGAAAACACAAGAACAUUGUCGGUGCUAAACUCACUUGUGGAGAUGUUGGUAAGCUAGCCCGUAUCCAGUCUUCUUUUGGACCAGGGGAGUUCGCUGGAUUUGCCGGCAAGUCAGACUUUCUACUCCCGGCUCUGGUUGUUGGUGCGCAUGGGGCGAUUGUCGGAUCUGCAAAUUUAUGGCCUAGGGUGCACUCGAGGCUUAGUACAUACUACAAGACUGGUCAACUAGACGAGGCUCGCCAAAUUCAGGCAAAACUCAGUCACGCGGAUGAAAAGCUCAUGAGCAUUGGAGCUGUUGGUGUUAAGUCGGCUAUGUGCCAUCAUUUUGGCAUUGGAGCUGGCUACGGCCGCAGACCAUUCAAGAACGCAACUUACAUGGAGUUUCCUGAUAAUGUACGAAAGCCUAUUUAUGAGAUGACAGCAAUAGAAAAGCAGCUUUCUCCAAUGUAA